AUGGCGGCAGAGGCGGCGGCUAUCUCGGCCGCUGUGAGGAGCGGCAGCGCAAUCAUCUUAGGCAGCCUCAACACCAAGGUCAGAAAAGAUAAGGAGCUUCGGAGGGCACUGGGGAUAAAUAAGGAGUGGAUCAAGACGGAGAUGGAAUUGUUAUCGUUACAAGUCGGAGCUGGGCACGGGCUGAGCGAGGAGGAGGAGAAUGGCCGCAGCGAAGCUUGGCAGGUAUGGGCUCAGAAAGUUCGGGAGCUCAGGUACCAAAUAGAGGACUGCAUAGUUUCCUAUGAAGGCAGGGUCAGUUGCAGGUGGGACGCGCCGUGGUAUCGCCGCAAGCUUCACCCGGCAAUGACUCUGCCCACCCGCACUAGAUAUGCCAAUCGAUUUGCCAAACUCAGGGAGCGGGUUGUGGGAUUAGUUCAGCAGAGAGACGCGCAUGUCCAGAGCACCACACCUGCCAACGCUGCAUAUGAUUAUGAAGCGACCAUCUACACCAAACCCAAGAAUGUCGAGGGCAUCGACAAGCCCAAGAAUGCCCUCCUUGAGCUGUUAGACCUGAAAGCGGUACAACCGGAGGUGGUCCAACCCAGGUCCGAGAUUGUAGAGGUGGCCGACCGCCAAGCUCAUGCUCAUCACAAACUCAAGGUGAUCUCCAUCGUGGGGUUCGCGGGCCUGGGAAAGACCACCCUUGCCGAGUCCGUGUUCCAUAGUUCUGACAUCACCCAGCGGUUCACCCGCCGGGCGUGGGUGGCAGCGUCGAGCCACGGGAAAACAAGGGAUCUUCUAGUGGACAUAAUCAAUCAGUUUAAUCUGGCAGAAACAAUCAACACAAAUGCCCUUCAGCCUCAGCAUAUACUGGCAGAACAUCUCAAUGCAUGUUUGCAGAAUGGACCCAGGUACUUUGUCGUAAUCGAUGACCUGCAAACAGAACCACGCGAAUGGGAUGCCUUGAAAUCUGCCUUCCCUACGAGGGGAGCUCAUGGAAGAAUUAUUGUUACCACACGUAAUCAGUCGAUGGCUACAAGGUGCAGUUCCAAUGGUGGCUGUGUUCAUCAAAUGCAACCUCUUGACAGGGCUGACUCUAGGGCCUUAUUUCUCAAGGAAGUUUUCAGCGAUACAUGUACAUCUUGUACACCUGAGUUUGAGGGAGGUUUAGCAACCAUCUUGGACAAAUGUGAGGGUUGGCCGCUUGCUUUACUCGACAUCGCUCAGCUACUGAAGGGAUCUCGUGGAACACCGACUGGUUUCGACUGUCGGGAUAUCUGUGACGAACUAGGUUCUCAUCUGGAUUGGCAUCAAACCAAAGACUUGGAGAGAACAAGAAAAGUGAUUGUCGAUAGCUUCAGCUUCAACCGUAAAGAUGAUGGGUGCCUCAAGACCUGCCUGUUGUAUGCAAGCAUACACCAGAAAUUCCUCCGAACCAAAUGGAAAAGUCUACUCAGGCGAUUGUCAGUAGAAGGUAAGAGCAGUGUCACUCGCACCCAGUUUGAAGAGUUGUUAGGAAAAGGCGAGAGAAGUGUCGUUCAUGGCCAAAUCAAAGAGCUGUUCAACCGAUGUAUCAUUCGUCGCCGGAGCAGUAGGCAAAACUAUAAGGUGAAGACAUACCAGAUUGGCCAUGUACUCCUCGACUUCAUGAUCUGCAAGCAAGCCUACAGAAACUUCAUCACUCUCAUUCACGACGGCCAACGUCGCCCUUAUGGUGGGAAGAAAGACACUGCCGUUCGUCGACUCUACCUGAGCGGCAAAACCCCAAAGAUUGGCCGAGUGGUAAUGGCAGAGAGUUCUAAGAAAGAUAGCUUAUCCAGCAUCAGGUCACUGACAAUCGCUGAUCACCACGGCGAUGAAUUGGUGGAUUUUGACAAGUAUAAGAUGCUACGAGUCUUGGAUGUAGAAAACUGCAAGAAGGUCAAUGACACGGAUCUCAAGAAGAUUUGUAAGCUUGUGUACCUCAAUUAUCUGAACCUGAGAGGUACCAAUGUGAGGACGCUUCCAAGGAAAGCCUCCAAGCUACAUCACUUGCAGAUACUGGACAUGAGGGAGACCAACGUGGAGGCAGCAUUGCCUUUGGAGGUCCUAGUUCUGGGACAGCUAGUCCACCUGUUUGGCCGAUUUAAGCUGCAUCCUGAGCUAAGCAAAGUUGGCACAGGGCAUCGUAAGGUGAAACUUUUGGAGAGAGAUAGUAAACUUAAAACAUUUGCAGGAUUUGUCCUUGACGGCUGCGAUGGCUUUCAACACAUCAUGUCUGCCAUGAAGACACUGAAGAAGGUUAAGGUAUGGUCUGGGCCUACUCAAGGAAAUGACUUAGUUGAGUGCUUGGUCCCUUCCCUUCAGAAGCGCUUUACGGAAGAUACUGCCCUGGAGUCACUGUCAAUUGAUUUCGGCAAUGACUCCAUCGACUUCCUCGGCUGCCUACAGGGUCCAUGUGCUCUCGAAUCAAUCAAACUGCAUGGUAAACUACUAGGAUUGCCGGACUUCUUUUUUGAAGAUGGAUUUCAUGUUCAAGAGGUGCAACUCUUGAAAACCGGUUUGAGCUGCCAAGAUUUGUCAGCCCUGCAGAAUCUGGAUUCAUUGCUCUAUCUGAAGUUGGAUGAGGAUUCAAUCAUCUUUACUAGCGGCACCUUUACCUUCCGUCGGGAUGGAUUCAAAAGCCUUAAGGGGCUGUGCUUUCAGGCCCCAAUGCUUCCGAAAGUGGAGGUCAUGGAAGGAGCCAUGCCGUCUCUUGAGUCUCUUCAGCUGUUUUCCCAGCGUAUACAAGGCCUGGAUGUGUCUUCUAUGGACCGUCUCCAGCAUCUCAAGGAAGUCACUCUUCACUCUCUUGUUGAUGCAGAAACAAGGCAUUCUUGGGAAGAUGAAGCAAAGAAGCACAGAAACAGGCCAACAGUUAUUGUUGCUUAA